UUUACAAAUAGCAAAAGUUUGAUUCUACGAAGGGCUGUGUUUGGUCAUACAAAUCCAAAACUGGACAGAGAGAGAAUGGUAGCUCCAAGUACAAAAUGCUUUCUUGUCACAGGGCCUCCUGGUGUGGGGAAAACAACUUUGGUAAUGAAAGUUCUAGAAUCUCUAAGAGCUUCUUAUCUGAACCUGAAAGCUCAAGGUGAGAUUAGGCAAGGAAUGGAGAGAGUUGGGUUUGAAGUGGUGACUUUAGAUGGUCGUAAGGCUCCUCUUGCCUCUACCACUAUAUCUAGGGCAGAGUCACAAAGAUGGCCUAGUGUUGGAAGGUUCAAAGUGGAUAUAACCUCAUUUGAGUCAUUAGCAUUGCCUGAAUUGCAGGUUAAAGAAGACACUGAUUUAUUCAUCAUUGAUGAAGUUGGUAAAAUGGAGUUGUUCAGUUCUUCAUUUUUCCCUGCUGUGUUAAGAGUGCUUGAAUCUAAUAUCCCAAUUCUAGCUACCAUACCCAUCCCCAAAUUCGGACGUGACAUACCUGAAGUUGCACGAAUGAGGAAUCAUCCAGGGGCUGCGAUAUUCACGAUCAACACAAGGAACGGAGAAGCUGUGAAAGAACAGAUUUACACUCAACUCAUAGAUGUGCUACGAAGGACCUAAUCCUGUACGAGGCAUGCCAUGCCAUGCCAUACACUUCACU